GCAGGUGAAGCUCACUUUGGCAGUUUCCACUGACCCACUUGGUGUUGUCUCCGGCUUCAUCGCGUAAAAGUCUGGAUCAGUCCUCGAUUUGCCCGAGUUGGAAUGACAGCCUCCUGAACUGCUGGAAUGAGAUCCUCCAUCCUGGGAUCGCUGCUUCUCGUGCUGCCGCUGUGGGAGCCUGUCUGUCGGGGUGAUGGGGUCACGUCCAGCACCGUCAAUCCAUGCUGUUAUUUACCGUGUCAACAUUGGGGUGUGUGUGUGCGAUACGGCGAGGACCGAUAUGAGUGUGACUGCACUGGCACCGGCUACUCUGGGGAGAACUGCACUGUCCCUGAGUUCUGGACCCGAGUGCGUCAAGUUUUGAAGCCCGGCCCAGAUGUGACACAUUACAUCCUGACCCAUUUCCGCCUGUUCUGGGACAUCAUCAACUACACCUUCCUACGUGAUGUUCUGAUGCGCCUAGUUCUGACAGUCAGGUCCAACCUGAUACCGAGCCCUCCAACCUACAACUCCAAGUACAGCUACCUCAGCUGGGAGUCCUACUACAAUCUCAGUUAUUACACUAGGUUACUGCCACCAGUGCCGCCGGACUGCCCGACGCCGCUAGGAGUAAAAGGAAUGGCCGGUCUACCCGACCCUGAGCUGCUGGUGGAGAAGCUGCUGAAGAGAAGGACCUUCAGACCCGACCCUCAGGGCAGCAACCUCAUGUUCGCCUUCUUUGCCCAGCACUUCACCCACCAGUUCUUCAAGACUUACAAUCGUAUGGGUGUGGGCUUCACCAAGGCGCUGGCACACGGGGUGGAUGCUGGACACAUCUACGGGGACAACCUGGAGCGUCAGCUGAAUCUCAGACUUUUUAAAGAUGGAAAACUAAAAUAUCAGCUAAUCGAUGGAGAGAUGUACCCUCCCACUGUCAUCGAUGCUCCUGUUAAGAUGAGCUACCCACCGGGGUUCCCGCUCCGGGAUCAGAUGGCUAUUGGGCAGGAAGUGUAUGGACUUCUUCCCGGCCUGGGAAUGUACGCCACACUCUGGCUGAGGGAACAUAACCGAGUUUGUGACAUCCUGAAAGUAGAACAUCCCACCUGGGAUGAUGAACAGCUCUUCCAGACGACUCGCCUCAUCAUCAUCGGUGAAACCAUCCGAAUAGUGAUAGAGGAGUACGUGCAGCACCUGAGUGGAUACCUGCUGAAGCUCAAGUUUGAUCCCGCACUGCUGUACAACACUCCCUUCCAGUACGGAAACCGCAUCGCUCUGGAGUUUAGCCAGCUCUACCACUGGCACCCUCUCAUGCCUGACAGCUUCCUGAUCAAUGGUGAUGAACUUUCUUACCCGCAGUUCCUCUUCAACACUACCGUCCUCACAAAUUACGGCGUUGACAAGCUGGUCGAUGCCUUCUCUCGACAAGUCGCGGGGCAGAUUGGAGGCGGCCACAACAUCAACCCCGCCGUGACCAAAGUCGCCGUAGGAGCCAUUAAGGAGUCGCGGCAACUCCGCAUGCAACCCUUCAAUGAAUACAGGAAGCGCUUCAACCUGAAGCCGUACACGUCCUUCAGGGAGUUCACAGAUAACAAGGAGAUUGCAGACACGCUGGAGGAACUGUACGGUGACAUUGAUACACUUGAAUUUUACCCCGGAUUGAUGUUGGAGAAAACUCGACCCGGGUCCGUAUUUGGAGAAAGCAUGGUGGAGAUGGGCGCCCCCUUCUCCUUGAAAGGACUGCUGGGAAACCCCAUUUGCUCCCCGCAAUACUGGAAGCCGAGCACAUUUGGGGGCAAAGUCGGCUUUGACAUUGUGAACUCGGCUACACUGAAGAAACUAGUCUGUUUAAACAGCAGGACGUGUCCCUACGUGGCCUUCAGAAUACCCGGGGAUGAGCAGUCACAGACCCACACAGGCGAAACCAGGACGGAUGAGCUGUGUGAAAGUCGAAGCUCUUCACUAUUAACGCUACACUCACUCACCAUUACGAAUCAUUUAGCGACCUCGUUAUUAGCUCUGAUUGUGGUCAGUAACUGUGGACGAUUGUUGUGUCGGAUAUGUGACUUUAUUCCCAACAGUAAGACACAAAAAUACAAAACAAGUGAAUGUACAUAUAGACCGGGUCACGCUUCAGCUGCAUGUGGUAGACGUGCAACCAUGACGACCUUGGAUGACAAGCUUCUGGGUGAGAAACUGCAGUAUUACUACAGCAGCAGUGAGGACGAGGGCAGUGAGAACGAGGACGAUGACACGGGCCACAAGACCAUCAGAGAUGCUAAUGCAGAGGAGCCAGAGAUCGACUACAGUCAGGAUGGAAGUGCUGUCAAUACAGGACCAAAGGGGGUGAUCAACGACUGGAGGAAAUACAAACAGCUGGAGGUGGAGCAGAAGCAGGAGCAGAAGCGAGAGAUGGAGAGACUGAUCAAGAAGCUGUCAAUGACCUGUCGCUCCGACCUUGACCUGGAGAAGGACAAGGACAAGCAGAAGGAGUUGCAGGAAAAGAUCAAAGGCAAAAUGACCAUGCAGGAGUACAACAUGCUCCAAGAAGAACAGGACGACGAAGACUUCCUGCAGCGAUACCGAAUGCAGCGUAUUGAAGAGAUGCGGCGGCAGCUCUGCCGUGGCAAACGCUUUGAAAAGGUCUUCGAGCUCAUGGGUGGAGAGGAUUUCUUGGAGGCUCUGGACAAGGAGGACAAGAGCACACUGGUGAUGAUCCACAUCUACGAGCCAGAGGUCCCGGGCUGCGAGGCCAUGAGCGGCUGCCUGUUGUGUCUGGCUCAGGAAUAUCCCUUGGUCAAGUUCUGCAGCGUCCGCAGCUCGGCCAUCAGCACCAGCGCUCUGUUCAGGGACAGCGCGCUGCCAGCGCUGCUCGUCUACAAAGGAGGAGACCUGAUCGGAAACUUUGUCCGCCUCACCGAUCAGUUGGGUGAAGAUUUCUUCGCUGUGGAUCUGGAGGCCUUGCUGCAGGAGUAUGGCUUGCUUCCCGAAAAAUCACCUAUGGUGCCGAAGACCAUCAGGAAUGGAGCCAUCGUCCAGAGCAACCUCAGCGAGGAGGAUUCCGAUCUUGAUAUAGACUAGAGCCAGAUCGAUUCCUUUUUUCUGCUGAUCAGGGAUUGAGCAACAAGUGAUGCUUGACCCAAUCCAGUCUUUUAUUAUUGGAGCAGUGUAAACCCCCUGCAUGGGCCAUGUCAGUGAUGCGGACUGAACAUGAUGGUUGGAGUUUAAUUUCUAAACUCUUUUUCCAUUUGUUUUCAUAUCAGUAAUUUAUCUCUCCAGUAAGAAACAUGCAUUUUUUUUCUUUGUACUGUGACUAUUUAUUGAGUAAAGAUGCUUCAUUCUCCUUUGUCUUGCGUGUAUAUUCUCGAUACUGUAUGUUGUGUUCCUCCUACUUUAGUUUUGUAACUUUUAAAUGUGCUGGACCACUUAAGUUUGUUUAUUAAACAAGUGUUUGUCAAUCUCA